AUCGUGUUUAUACCAGCCUCCCUUUUCCGUACAAGGCCAGUGUUUAGUGAGUGUGAACAUCAUGAUGUGGGAGGUAGUGAUCCCAAAUGGGCUGUCCACCGACCCGAAACAAUACAAGGAGCAUCCCUAUGAACACACAGCUGACCUUCCAAACCUUCAGAAGGUCCCAGAGGAGAACGAGACCGGAGCGGUUUAUCAAGUCGAACUGAAGCGUUGUACUCCCGUACGUGAUGCCCACUGGCUGACUCAACUCGCUCACAUCGCCACCGGGCCUCAGAGCCCGCUGCUACGAGAGCCGUCCCACAGCAGGAGCGAUCUACAUUCUUACGCCCGGGCCCCCCCUCCUCACUCCAGGGAGCGACACCACAGCAGAACGAGCAGCGAAGGUAGCGCGGCAGUGUCCACCAGCACCUCUGUGUCCGAUGAUGAAGACAUGGUCUGGAGCAUCUCCUGGCCUGCCACAGUCUGGCACAGUUUUCUGAAAGAUACGCACCUCCGUUUCCACAGUGGCUCCAAUGUUGAGUGGCAGAAUGUUGAGGACCUUGAGUCUGGCAACGAGGAACAGUCUGCAUCCUUGAAGAGUUACGGCUCCGAGGGUCUCCAGCUCAUCGCACAUUCAGAAAACGUCCUCUCAGGUCAAGUGGUCUUGCAACUCACCUUUGACCCUGGCGUAUUCGGGCAUGGCCUCUUAACUGCCCGGUGUCAACUUGACCACCCGUUCUAUGUCAAAAAUAAAGGUUGGUCAUCAUUCUACCCGAGCCUGACUGUGGUGCAUUAUGGGAUAGCGGGCUAUGAAAUGAAAAUAGGUGAUGUGUGUCUGCCUCCGGGUCAUAGAGACGCCAAGCAUAUAGAUGACUCACUUGUUUUUGACACAUUCAGGAGUUAUGACUUCACACCAAUGGACUCUUCGGCGGUGUACCUGUUGAGCAGCAUGGCCAGACGGCGACAUGCCUCCCAAUCCAGUGGGGGCGCUGUUUCUCCAGAUAGAGACGCAUUGCAAGACAGUCACAGGACCAGCCACACACGCUGUCCUCUCCGUCAGCCAAUCAAAAGCCAGUCUGCCCAGAAACCAGGAAGUCAUCACACCGCACUCAAGUGCAAGCGGCCAAUGAAUGCAUUCAUGCUGUUUGCCAAGAAGUUCAGGGUGCAGUACACACAAAUGCACCCAGGCAAGGACAACAGGGCCAUCAGUGUUCUCCUUGGUGAGCGGUGGAAGAAAAUGCGAAGCGAGGAGCGUCGGGUGUUCACCUUGCAGGCCAAAGCGCUCGCUGAGGAGCAGAAGAGGCUCGACCCAGACUGUUGGAAACGCAAACGCGCCGACUGUGGGAAUUAGACUGCAGACAAGCAAGGAUCACCAUUGCAGGACUACAUGCACAUUUACAACAGCCUAAACAUACUGUACAUUAAGCAUUAUAUCGCAAUACACUUGCUUUAGAGUUUGCUCAUGCUGCUUUAAAUUGGUGCUACAAUUAUUACACUAUAAAUCAGGUGUACAUUUCCUGUAUUCCAAGAAGUUUAGAUUUUUUUUUUUAAUGUGUUGAUUUCCAUGAUUUAUUUUAAAGCAAAUUUCCAAAAACGUUGAUAUACAGUAUGCUUGAAACAGGUGAAGAUUUAGGUCUUUUUAGGUCGAAAAAGUUGGUAUUUAUUAGGGAUGUCCGAUAAUAUCGGCUCACCGAUAUUAUCGGGGUGGUGGGGUGACGGUAAUGUGGAGGAGCGCGGAGGUGGCGGUGGACGGAUGCGGUGCUGGACUCCUCGGCGGAGGGUGCGCAGCUGCUGGAUUUCUCUGGGUGUUUGCUUGCGUGAGUUGUGCAGAGUUGUUUGCGUCCACAUCGAGAAGCUAAUUGCUGAUGCUGUAUCCAUUGGCUUCGCAGCAGAUGUGGGUGGGUGGAUGGAUGGAUGGAUGGAUGGAUGCUUUAUUGAUCUCCAAGAGAAAUUCACAUUUCCAGCAGCUGAGUGAGAAUGUCAUAAUGAAAUUAACCACAAAAUAAAACAACCAAGGCAAGACAUGAGAGAUGAGAAGAUAGAAUAAGAAUAAAUAAAUACGGAACAGAUCACGUCAAAUUAGUAGUGCAAUAAUACAUAAUAAAUAAUAAUAAUAAUAAUAUUACAUAAUACGGCAAUAAGUCCCGUCCAGUCCAGUCCUUCCAUGACAGGAGAUAUGUGAUGUUACGCAUAUUGGUAUCAGUAUCGGUUGAUAUCGGAAUCCGAAAUUGAGAGUUUGGACAAUAUCGGCAUAUUGGUUAUCGGCAAAAAAGCCAAUAUCAGACAUCCCCAGUAUUUAUACAGUCAUGUCAAAUAUAUAUAUAUAUUUUUUUACGCAUUAUCGGAAAUGACAUUUGUGGCGCCCCCUAUGGGUUGUGCUCACAACCUUUGGAAUACAGCACAUGGCUUACAUGUAAUACAGAUAUAAUCAUAAGAUAAAAGGUGUUUUGCUUGAUGGCAGCCAUGUUUUUCAACCAAUCUCGCUCAAAUUUUCACAGACAUGUCCUUGUCAGUCCCCUAGAGGUGUGUGCCAAAUUUUAUGGUGAUUCGACUAAACGCCCGAAAGUUACAGUGGGUGUUUUGUAGAGCUGUGUGAGAAAUUUCAAUUCACUCCGACUUAUGGAGCCAAAUUUUUGGGGUUUAAUAACCGUGCCACCAUGUGGUGUCAUUGUCAGAAAAAUAAUAUCACAGGCAACACUGUAUACCCCGUAGAGUGCCUGAAUUGUUUCACAUGAAGUAAUGUGCAAUUUUAAUAAAAAUACCUGAAGUAUAAAAGUUGUAUAAAACAUGUACUACAACAUAAAGCAGGUAUUUUAUAGCUUAUUGUCAGGCUAGUUUAUACCAAAAGUGCCUUUAUUGUGUUGGGUGUGUUACAGUAGGUUGUCAUUUCCAACACAGCAAAAUACAGUAAUCUGAUAUAUGUAUCAUGGUGGAAUAGCUAACAAGUAUUUUUGUUUCCAUUUUGUUUUGUUUUUUUACUUUAGCAGACAUAUACAUUCUAAAUAAUAAAAUACAACAUACCGUAAAUGCUCUAAUUAUAGUCAGGGCGUUUAUUUACCUGCAAAGAGGAUGAUUUUUUAAUUCUUUACUGAUUAAUUAAUGAUUUGGAGAGCACCGAUAGGGUAGUCAAAUGGAAAACAUACUGUAGGUGUAGACCACAUGGUAAUUUAUUAACAAGCAGCAACAGAACCUAUGUUGUAAUACCAGUAAGGAACAAAUGGCACAGUUAGCAUUGAUACCACUGAUGAGUUCAUUGUAAAAAAACAGUACAGCAAUAAAAGUACAAGAGUUUCACACCAAUAGCUGAGUUGCAAGAUUUUAAAGCGCAUGCAGGGGUGGAUGAAGCUGCUGGAUGCAGACCAUUCAUGAUAGUUCAAAUGCAGCUACGGCCAUCUUGUGGAGUUGAGCAAAACCACAUCAGCAGGUUUGCAUAGGGCCACAGCUCUUAAUGCCUACAUUGUUUGACGCAGGGCUGCUAAUAGAGACAGAAGGGUUCAUUGAAUAGAGUUGUUAAUUGGAGCAUUUACGGUAUAACUUGUUGGACAAGAGUGAGUUGGAGUUUUGUGUCCACUGCAGGGUGCUGUAACGCAUGGAAUGUCUGUAUGAUAAUAACUGAUCAUUUAAAUGUUUGGUGUUCCAGAAACAUUGCAUGCAUACAACCUGCAUUAUUACAAGGCAAUUUAUGAUGCACUGUAUACACUUUAUCAUGUUUAACUGCCAUGCUAUGAAAAGUGUUGAUAUAAUUAUUCAGAAAUGUUUUAUUUUGGGGCUUUGGACUCUUUUAACUUUGCUGUUUGUUCAUCAUGUAAUAUAAGAUAUGGAAAACAAAUAAAAGCAUGUUGAAAGACUUU